GAACAUCAACUUAGCAGCCAAUUAUUAGAAGGCACGUUGCAUUAAAAGGCAACAAAUCACAUUCUACAUUGACCUAAUAGUCAGAUUUGGCAUGUUAAAGUUAGAUACUUUAAUGAUUAAGGCCAGGAAGGGGAAGACAUGUAAAAGGGUGGAAGAACAUAUACUGAGCUCAACAGGAAGCUCUUGUUUCCUAUAAGACUGAGUCAUUUCGCAAAUCUCUCCAUCAUUUAAUGACAGCACAGGCCUUUACCAAGCCUCCAUAUCACUUUGUUUCUCAAGGGACAUGGCAGCUGCGGUCUUGCCCACAAGCCACGUUCCACAAAGACACAGCACGCUUAUGGGCUCCAGCAUAAGAUGUAUGGCAAAGUGGAUAAAGAGGCAUCUUCAACCUCCCAAGACUCUCUUUGUUUUAUUCCUGACCAUCAGCUUCAUCUUCAGUUGGUUGUUAAUGGUUGAUGAACAACAUCUUGAUGGCAGCAAUGAGUCACUCACAAACAAUAUCACCAUCCUGUUUUGGUACUGGCCGUUUGGCACCCGGUGCAGCCUUACGGGGAAUGUGUGUCUGAGGGACUACGGCAUCUCUGGAUGUGUGCUAGUGGACAAUCGCACUCUCUACGAGAGCGCCGAUCUGGUAGUCUUUCAUAACUUUGAGCUGAAGAUGCAUAGAGAACACCUUCCAGUGCAUCUACAUCGUCCCCCCAAACAGAAGUGGGUGUGGCUUUCCUUAGAAGCAUUACAAAACAAUGGCAACUUGUUAUCAUACAACAACCUUUUCAACCUCACCAUGUCAUAUCACCCUCAUGCUGACAUCACUGUGCCUUACGGGAAGAUGUUAGAGAGGGAAAAAACGGGUCUAGAUUUUGUUAUCCCAAUAAACAAGAGUUAUGAAGCCUGUUGGGUGGUAAGUAACUAUGAGAAAUGGCACAAGAGGAGCGCUGUGUUCCAGGAGCUGAACAAGAUCCUCAACGUGCAAAUGUAUGGCAGAUCCGUCAAAAAAACACUACCGAAGGAGGCUCUGCUCCCAACGAUUUCCCGCUGUUAUUUCUACCUAGCCUUUGAAAACACAAUAUCUCCGCACUAUAUCACAGAGAAGCUGUGGAGAAAUGCCUUCCAGGCUGGUACAGUGCCUGUGGUGCUAGGGCCACCUCGCACAGACUACGAAGCCGUGGCGCCUUCGAAAUCCUUCAUCCAUGUGGAUGAUUUUAAAUCUAUUAAAGCCCUGGCUGAAUAUCUGAGAGCCCUAACUAAAGAUCCAAAGAAGUAUAAUGAAUAUUUUAGGUGGAGACAAAACUAUACGGUCAAACUAUAUACAGACUGGAGAGAGAGACUGUGCAAUAUCUGCCCCAUAUACAGACAAUUACCAACUCAAAAGGUUUAUGAGGAUCUGAGAGCUUGGGCAAAAUGGUAACAUAACAGGACACAGAACAUGUUUUUGCAUUUAAAAAUGCAAAAGCCAGGGCAGAAGAAUGAAAAAAAAAGUAUGGUCUACAGCUGUAUGUUUAACCAUGUUUAACUUGAGGUCUGUACUUUUAGAACACCAUGUUGUUCGCAAAACUCUGCAAAAGAUGCAAGACGUGAGCACAAUGGUCCAAGAUGUCCAUUUAGUGAAUGUUUACAUAGAAAGACAAUUGAAAAGUAGUGAAGUGGAAAGUAAAAAAUGCACAAAAACGCUAGUGUGGAAUAAAAAAUAAAAUAAAUAAAAACAAGGUCUAGACUUUAAAGGUGCUCUAGAAUCAAAAAUUGAAUUUACCUUG